AUGAAGGGGCCCGCAGCCAACGGGGCCUUCCCCGAGCCCGAGGCCUCCAGGGGCCGCCGCCAAGAUGAAGAGCGGCAGCAAUACAUCACCAAAUUCCCUUCUUCGUCUUUCUUGAGAGUCAUCCCAGAAAGAGGCGACAAACUCAACGCUGCAGACGCUCUUUUCGAGGUCCCCGUGGCGGAGCAGCAGCGGCUGGUGGAGCGUUUCAUAGAGUACGCAGAACAAGUGCGUGGGGCGCAGCUGCAGCUGCUGCGGGAGCACGACGGGUCUUCUGUGGCUGAGAAGUUUUUGCAGCAAGUGCAGCAGCUGCAGGAGCCGUUUGCUGCAGCAGACGCUGCAGCGGACUUGCCGGGGCGCAGCAGCAGCAGCAGCAGCAGCAGCAGCGGCGCAGCCGCGGCGAACGGCCUCAGCAACGGCGCAGCGACGAACGGCCGAGGGGCCCCCGGGGGGGCCCCCAGCGGGGGAGGCCCCCUGAAGGGGAAGGGGGCCCCCAGCAGCAAAGGGGAAACUGUGAAGUUUCGACUGAUUGAGGGGGGGGUCUCGCUGCUGCCGCUGGGGCCCUCAGGGGGCCCCCCGAGGGCCCCCCAGCAGCAAAGCAGGCAGUCCCAGGGCUCCCACGGAGACAGCGAAACUUUUGGCAGCAGCACAACCAGCACUAAUGGAGAAGGAGAAGAAGAAGAAACAGUUUUUGCAUGUCAGUUGGAGAGUUUUCUGCAGCUGGCGGAGAACGAGAUCGGGGGCCCCCGGGGGGCCCCCUGCCCCGAGCAGCAGGACGGGGGCCCCGCCGCUGCUGCUGCUGCUGCU